AUGGCCUCUUCUCCUCGCGGCCGCCUCCCUCUGGUGGUUUCGACUCUUCUACUUGCCCUCUUCACCGUGACUGCGCGCGCCGAUGUUAAGAGAUACCAAUUCGAUAUUGUGAUGAGCAACGUGAGCAGAUUGUGCCACGAGAAGGCCAUGGUCACGGUGAACGGCUACCCGGGGCCGACCAUCUACGCGCGCGAAGGGGACCGGAUCGUCGUGAACGUGGCCAACCGCAUGACGAGGCACAACGUGACGAUCCACUGGCACGGGCUGAAGCAGCGGCGGAACGGGUGGGCGGACGGGCCGGUAAGCAUGCCACAGUGCCCGAUCGGCAGCGGCGGGAGCUACGUCUACGACUUCAACGUGACGGGCCAGCGGCACGCCCACAUCGCGUGGAUGCGCGCCACCGUGCACAGCGCCGUCGUCGUCCUCCCGGGGGCCGGCGUCCCCUACCCGUUCCCCGAGCCCGACGACGAGGCCGAGAUCAUCCUCGGCGAGUGGUGGCACGCCGACGUGGAGACCGUGGAGAGGCAGGGCAGCAUGCUCGGCAUGGCGCCCAACAUGUCGGACGCGCACACCAUCAACGGCAAGCCCGGCCCGCUCUUCCCGUGCUACCAGAAACAUACCUACGCGCUGCAGGUGCGGAGUGGCAAGACGUACCUGAUCCGGAUCAUCAACGCUGCGGUAAUUGACGAGCUCUUCUUCUCGAUCGCCGGCCACGCCAUGACGGUGGUCGAGAUUGACGUGACCUACAACAAGCCGUUCGUGACAUCCACCGUGCAGCUCUCCCCGGGGCAGAACAUGAACGUGCUCGUCCGGGCCGACCAGAGUCCUGGCCGGUACUUCAUGGUCGCCAAGCCCUUUAACAAUAUGCCCAUCCCCGCCGACAACAAGACGGCCACCGCGAUCCUCCAGUACGCCGGCGUCCAGACCUCCGUCGUCCCGAUAUUGCCCCAGCUGAUGCCGGCCACGAACAGCACCGGCUUCGUGGCCGCGUUCCACGACAAGCGGCGGAGCCUCAGCUCCCCGCGGUACCCGGCGGACGUGCCGCUCGCUGUCGACCGGCACCUGCUCUACACCAUCGGGCUCAACAUCGACCCGUGCGACACGUGCCUGAACCAGUCGCGCCUCGCGGCGUCGCUGAACAACAUCACCUUCGUGAUGCCGGACUUCCCGGACCGCCCGCCGGCGCGGUUCAACUACACGGGCGUGCCGCUCACCGCCGGCCUCGGCACGUCGCUCGGCACGAGGCUGAGCAAGAUCGCGUACAACGCCACCGUGGAGCUGGUGCUGCAGGACACCAACCUCCUGUCCGUCGAGUCGCACCCGUUCCACCUCCACGGGUACAACUUCUUUGUCGUCGGGAGAGGCGUCCGCAACUUCGACCCGGCCAAGGACCCGGCCAAGUACAACCUCGUCGACCCGCCGGAGAGGAACACCGUCGGCGUGCCCGCCGGUGGCUGGGCCGCGAUCAGGUUCAGAGCGAACAACCCAGGUGUUUGGUUCUUGCAUUGUCAUCUUGAGGUGCACACGAGCUGGGACUUAAAAACGGCGUUUUUAUUGGAGGAUGGGAGCGGUCCCGAUGAGUCGGUUUUGCCACCGCCUAAGGAUUUGCCCAAGUGCUGA